UUGUUCACAGUUCACGAAGCGAAAGCACGGAAUAUUGAUGAGGAUUUGGAUAAGGAUUUAGCGUUUGAGGAACCUGUUGAUGAGGAGACCAAUGACACUGAUGAAGAAAGUAGAGACGAUGGGCGAUUAGAUAGAGGGAAGUUGAACGAGAUGAAUGAGAGUGAGAUGUUACAGGCAGUACAAGAUGCCAUGAGCAAGGCUUCCGCGCACAUGGAGGACAGUGUUGUUGCUUCUUACGUCGCUCUUCUGAUCGGUUGCUUACUGCAACAAAAUGAGGGUCACGCAGCAAUUGUGCGUUCACAUCUUCAGGGUGGUUCAUUUGCUACAAUGAUUGAUCAAUUACAACGCUUCUUGGAUUUCAUGAAAAUAGCGAGUAAAAAAGCUGGAGGAUGCAGAUCGAUUGAGCGCAUCAUCGAUUUACUGGAUAGGUUGAAUUGA